UAAGAGGAAGAGGGGAGGGCUAGGAGAAGAGUGCACAUAAAAUUUUUUGUCUUGCUAUCUUUUUCUCUGAAACUUUGGUACAGGUGUUUUGAAGAUUUUUGUUCUGAUUUUUAAUCGAAUACUCUUUUAUUUGCUGGAGUUCCUUAUCAUAACAUCUGAAGAUGCUAUGAAAGAGGCAAAGAUGGAGCCUGAAGAGACGGAGGUUGAUUCAUCACUUUCUUGGUCUCCUGUACAUAGAGAGAGACUCCUCACUUGUGCCAACCUUUCAGAAAUUGCUGGGAAGAAAAGAAAACAAGAUCCAAGUAGUGAUGCUGAGAAUUCAGCCCGAAUCUUGGAGGACUGUGAAGAUGAUGACUUUCCCAUCAAUGACCACAUACAGGAUUCUGAGGGUCCUUGUAACAAAAGAGUCAAGCCAGUAGACAAAAGUGCUUCAGUCACCGGUAUCAUAACGCCGGUAAAGACCCCUGCACUGAAACGCUUGGGGCAAUCCAUACAGCGUUCCAUCAGUUUCCGGACAGAGGCCCGGCCAUUGCCUCCAAUGCCAAUAAGAACACGCCAGAAGGCCUCUUCCUUUCCACGCCGACGGAACAGCCAGCUUUGGAGUGACACAGUGGACACUCUUAGUCAUGAGCUUAGUACCAAAGAGAUCAAGCGACAAGAGGUCAUUUAUGAGUUGACUCAGGGAGAGAAACAGCUCAUUGAGGAUCUAAGUCUAGUGAAAAAGGUGUACUAUGAACCAAUGUUGAAAUUAGACAUAAUGACAGAAAGUGAGCUGGGCCAGAUAUUUGGAACCCUUGAUUCUUUAAUACCCCUUCAUGAAGAUCUUUUAACUCGUCUUGAAGGUCUGCGUGGAGCAGAGAAGACUGUACAAGAAGUUGGCCCAACCAUGAUGGAUUGGUUUCCCUGUUUGGAGGCAUACAUCACAUAUUGCUGUAACCAGGUUGGGGCAAAAGCUCUUCUCGAUCAAAAGAAGCAGGAUCGGCGAGUAGAGCAUUUCUUGCGGCUGUGCCAGGAGUCGUCCUUCAGCAGAAAGCUGGACCUGUGGAACUUUCUGGACUUGCCUCGCAGCAGACUGGUGAAAUACCCUCUGCUGCUGAAGGAAAUUCAAAAGAGCACUCCACCUGAUCAUCCGGAUGAGGAGGCCCUGCCACAGGCUAUGGAUCUAAUACAGAGAAUUAUAACAGAAGUAAACCUUAAAACUGGAGAGGCUGAGUGUCAGUUUUACAGACGGGGACUGUGCUACUCAGAAGAUGGCCAGAGGGUUCCUGAAAUUCAGGCCUCCCGUUUUUUGUACUGCCACGGUGAACUGAAGAGCUCUAAAGGACAGAAGCUGCAUGUGUUCCUCUUUGAGCUGGUACUGGUUUUGAGCCGACCAGUGGCACAAGACAGGGAAGGACCAGUCCAGUUCCAGGUGUAUCGCCAGCCCCUCCCAGCAGCUCACCUCCAUCUAGAGGACCUACCUGAUGGAGAGCCAAGCAGUUCUGGAUCCUUCCGUGGAGCCUUCACGGGCAAUGAUAAAGCGAAGAACUGUUUCCGUGUGAGCACCACAGGACGCUCAAAGUCUCAAUCCCACAGCCUGCAGGCCAAUGACUCCUUCAACAAGCAGCAAUGGAUUUCUUGUCUGCGCCAAGCAAUGGUCCAAUCACGAGACAGACAGGCCCAAGCCAGCCAUUCCAAUCCCUCUUACCGUUUGAGCCCUGACCCUGCACUCCAUAACAACAUCGCUGAACUGAGUAUAAACUCUGAUGUGGAGAUGCCAGACACAUAAGCUAGGGCUAACAGCGCUGCUGUCUAGUUCUAUAGUUUAUGGACAAACAGAAAGCCCUUUUACUGUGACAAUGACAGCUACUAUUCUCAGGAUAAAUGACUUCACCCAGUCACUGCCACUCACCCUAUAUUUAGAACUGUGAGCAGAAAUUCAUGUUGCAAUACAAAUAUAUAUACAUGUAUAUAUAUAUAUAUUUAUAUAUAUAUAUAUAUAUAUAUAUAUAUAUAUAUAUAUACACAAACACACACACA